GAAGUUAGCGCUUAAAUAUUGCCUGCCUGACGAAGCUCGAGCGAAGCAGUGAAUCCAAACCCGCUCUAAUAAGGAUGCAAGUUUUCUCGCCAAGUAAAGUUAAAAGAUGACUUUUAUUAUUCGUAAGCUGAUAGCAAGGAUGGUAGCUGAUGCAACUGCUCGGUCAGAGGAUGCCAUCCUUCCACUUUUGACACCAGCAUUGAAGGGCAAAAAGAAUAGCCUUGAUCUCAAGCUUGGACUAUCUGUUACUUCACUGAACUCUGAUGAGGAAGAUGGUUCUCGCUCAAAGCGGCCAGAUUUCAAUGUACUCAAUGAGAAAGCUAUGCAAAUAGCCAAGAAGAUCACCUGCCCUGAUCAUGUGCAAAACAUAAGUGUGGAGAAAGGAGUGUUGUAUUUCUCACUGGAUCCUCUAUAUGUUAUCAAGCAAGUCAUCCAAGAUGUCUCAGAGCAACAAGGGCACUAUGGCUAUCACCCCUAUCCUGGCAACGAUGGAAAACUCAAUAUCAUUGUGGAAUACAGCUCUCCUAAUAUAGCCAAACCAUUCCAUGCUGGGCACCUCCGAUCUACUCUCAUCGGAAACUUCUUUGCCAACCUUCAAGAACGUCUUGGUCACAAUGUCACCAGGAUCAAUUACCUUGGAGACUGGGGUACUCAGUUUGGUAUUCUUGGAGUUGGUUUUCAAGACUUCGGGAAUGAGGAGAAACUGAGGAUGAAUCCGAUUCAACACCUGUAUGAGGUUUAUGUAGCAACCAACAAGGCAGCCCAGAAUGAUCCAACCAUCUGGGAAAGAGCUAAGGACCUCUUUCGAAGAAUGGAACAGGGAGAUUCAGAUGCAUUAGCAAUGAGACACAGAUUUCAGAACUUGAGUAUUGCAGAUUACAAAAGAACAUAUCAGAGACUAGGAGUUCAUUUUGAUGAAUACUGCAGUGAAUCCCAAUACAGCAGUGAAGCACAGAAUCUAAUCAACACCCUCAGGGAUGGAAAUCUACUAACUACAUCAAAGAGAGGAACGGGUGACAUCAAUCUCUCAGACGUCUGCCCCCGGUUCCCCAUCGCCACCCUUGCUAAGAGUGAUGGAUCAUCACUGUAUCUUACCAGAGACAUAGCUGCCGUCCUAGACAGGAGGAAACGUCAUACCUUUGAUGACAUGUACUAUGUAGUGGACAAAGGUCAAGAAGGUCACUUUGAGCAGCUGAAAGGAGUAUUGAGGAAGAUGGAUCAAGACUGCUUUCAAAGAAUCCACCACAUCAAGUUUGGUAAAGUUUUAGGAAUGCAGAGUCGGAAGGGAACUGCAGUCUUCUUGACUGAUAUCUUAGAUGAAGCAAGAGAUCGUAUGUUGCAUAACAUGACACAGACAUCAACAACCAAAGAGCAAGAAGACCCCGAGCGUGUAGCAGAGAUCCUUGGUGUGUCGGCUAUCAUCCUUCAGGAUCUCAAAGGGUCUGUAAUCACAGACUACAAGUUUGAAUGGGAUAGAGUCUUGACUAGUCAGGGAGAUACAGGAGUCUUUCUACAGUAUUCUCAUGCAAGGCUUUGCAGCAUUGAGGAGAUGAACAGUAUACCAGAGUCAUCUUCUCAUGAUGAUAUAGAUUGGAAUCUAUUAUGUGAACCUGAAGCUGUACAAUUAGCCUGGUUUAUCAGUCAUUAUGAUGUAGCCGUUAGGAGAGCAGCCUUAGAGAGGGAGCCUAAAGCAGUGGCCCAGUACCUACUGCAGCUAGGACACCUAAUUUCCAGAGCAAACAACAAACUCAAAGUAAAGGGAAGUCCAGCUGAUGUUCAGAGGGCAAGACUUGGACUAUUCCGAUCAGCUAGAAUAACCUUGGCCAACGGGAUGAAGCUUUUGGGCAUGACACCACUCACUCAGAUGUAGAAGAUGGCACUGAGACCGGUAACACAAGACUGUUCAAUUCAUUCAAUGGAUUUUUAUUAUUGAUUGUAAAAAAUUAAUCAUAAACAAAUACUUACCAUACAUUGUGCAUAAUCAAUUAAACCAGGAGCCCAUAACACAAAGCUUAGCAAUGAUCUUAGAACAAAUUUUCACGAUUGAUUGCAUUGACUACAAUGUACAAUCAGUUGUAAAAAUCAAGUGUACGAUCAAUCGUUAUGCUUUGUGUUACGGAGCCUAGGGCCCAUAACACAAAACUUAGCAAUGAUCGUAGAACAUUUUUCUACGAUUGAUUCCAUUGACUACACUGCACAAUCAAUUGUGAAUAUAAAGCGUACGAUCAAUUGCGAACCUUUGUGUUACGGAACCCUGGUCUAUGUACUAUAUGCACAGCUCUCUAAUACUACUACACCACAACAAAAAUAAACAUAUCUUUACUGUACUCUUAAAUGAUUCCACCAAGGUAAAAGACUGUAUAUGUGCUGAGGAACUAUUCCACAGUUUGGGUCAGAAAAGUCAUUACUAAUAACCCCUCUUUUUGAAAGAGCUCUUUGAAUGUGUAAGAUUGAAGUGUGGUAAAUAAUGCAAUUCAUAGAGAGCACAUAUCCACUCUGCACCGUGCUCAAGGCAGCAUUGUCAUCACAACCCAGGCUUUAGCCCCGCCUCACAUCCAAUGGCGAACAAGUAUUUCAAGAAAUAAAUGUUUGUGCCAGGUACCUGUUUACAUCACCUGGGUCGAGUGCAACAAAGUUGGAUUAAUUUCUUGCCGAAGGAAACUACACCAUGGCUGGGAUUCAAACCCACAUUACUGCGGGCCCCAUCUUACAAAGAGUUGUGAUUGAUCUGAUCAAUGACAACUAUGGAUGGCCAACAACAUCAACAUCUAAAAUGCAAAUUUGUUUAAAUUUCUGGAUAUGAUGUAUUAUCAUACAUUCAUCGUUCUCUUGAAGAUUCAGUGUGAUUAUCUUUGUUUAUUAAGGAGAUUGUGCAAAUUUCCUGUAGAAAAAAUUAUGGUAUGGAUGAAUUUCCAUACAGUUGAGAUUGAUUGGAUCAAUCGUAACUCUUUGUAAGAUGGGAUCCUGAUUGAAAAGUGAGGGUCGGAACCACUUAUACCACAAUGCUGCCAGUCUAUCAUAUGGGUCAUUCCAUGGGGUUGGGGCAAUUUUUGUGACAUACCAGAACUCCAAAACUGUGUCUCAUGUAAAGGCAAAUGUAUGCAUAUAAUUACCAGCAAAAAUAAAUCGUGUCUCACCAAGUUAUAUUUCUCAAGCAUCAUGAUGUACUGCAGAUUCACACCUGGAAAAUUAUUGCCAGUGUUAUGCCAAUGUGAUGUCCAUGUAACGGUGGUAAAACUUUGUAUUUGUUUUGCAGCAAAUCCAUCAAAGAUCCCCAAUUUUCAACUGAAUUACUGACACAUCAAAACUUAACCCCAUUUGAACUGAUCUUCUCUAUGUAAUGAAAAAGCUGAUACCACCGUUACAUGGACAUCACACGAUUUUGUUGCCCCAUCCCCAUGGAAUGACCCAGAUAUGAUAUUUAAAAUCAACUAUGAAAAUCAGUCUUAAAGAUCAGUCAUGAGAUCAAUUGCUAUGUUUUGUGUUACUGGAUCCUUGAUAAUCAAUGUAGUCUUUCCUCCAUCCAUGUCUGAUGGGUGUUUCAUAAAACUGUUCGUAAGUUACGAGCCAAUUUAGGAAUGACUGGUGAACCUUUCUUACGCGCUAAAUAAUCGCCAAUAAACAUUUAAUAGGGAAUAUCAGUUACAACAAGAAAGGAUCACCAGUCAUUCUUAAAGUCACUCUUUCCUUACAAACAGCUUUAUGAAAUGGCCCCCUGGGUGAUAGUUUGGAUGCUAAGAAAAUGUGAAUGCUUCUUAGUGAGCAUCUAAAGAAGGACUCAUUUUUGUAACAUAUCACAGACACAGGUGACAAGUGUGACCUUCUAGCUCAGAUUUUUUAGAAGUCAAACCAAUGUUAACCAAUCACUUUAAGAAUAGUAUGAAUUGUACGACUGAAAGGACAGCUGUGCUGGAGAGGUAAAGUAUUUCACGCCACCUUUCAAUCAAAAUGAGGGCUUACUGAUUUGGCAUCACCAUAUAUGUGUUGGGAUUUAGGGUUUCAAAUAUUCAUAGAUUAUAUUUACUCCUUGACUAUUUUCAGUUAAACAUUCACUGCAAAGUUUCUUAUAUUUGUUUCCUCUGAUAAAUGGUAAACAGACACCAUCGAUUUCAUUCGUUAUAAAGUUUGCUAACCCACUUUGUGACAUUACAGUCAGUGGUUUAAAAUCACAUGGCUUUGUUUACUUUGUUUAUUUUCCUGUGCAAUAAAAUAUUGUCAUAUUAAACAUCA